AUGCUUUAUGGUGUCUUGGGUACAGGAGUUGCUUUGGGAGACAGUUGGAUUUCACCUGAAGAUUUUGUGUUUUCAUGGGGGCCACUUCUUAAGGAUGUGUCGCGCAUUGACAACAAUGGUUUGAACCAAUCAAACAGCUUAGCUCUAAAGAUUCAGCAGCAACUGGCAGAAGGGAAGUAUGAAGAUGCAACACAAACAUGGCGUGAUCUUGAAGAUGUUAUUUUGGAGCACAGUAAUGAUGUGGACUUUUAUAACUUCAUGUUGGAUGCUGGAAAUGGCGUUCCUACGUCAACAACAAAGAAAUUGAAAGGGGUAGAAAAGUACUUGACAUAUCUCCGCAUCAAGUUUUCAUCAACCAAUGGGGCAUCAGCUGUUGACUUGGACAGCUUCAUGAAUGGGCCCAUUAGAGAGAAGCUACAGACUAUCCCAAAAAAUGUAACAUGGGGAGGACAGGAUGGCAUUGUAUUUGAUGCCCUGGUUGGCGAUUUUAUGAAACCAAGAAUCAAGGAGGUUGAUGAGCUCCUAAACAAAGGUGUAAAUGUGACCAUAUACAAUGGGCAGAUUGAUCUCAUAUGCUCAACCAAAGGGGCUGAAGCAUGGCUUGACAAACUAAAGUGGUAUGAUCUGCAAAAUUAUUUGAGCUCACCUCGGGCACCUCUGUACUGUGGAAGGGAUGAAACAACUACCAAAGGGUUCAUGAGCUCAUACAAAAAUUUGUUUUUCUAUUGGAUCCUUGGAGCCGGGCACUUCGUUCCAGUAGAUCAGCCCUGUGUUUCUUUGCAGAUGGUGGGCAGUAUUACUCGAUCACCGAGUAAUUCAACAUACUAA